AUGGAAAACGGAAGACCGAAAGUUGUCGAUGUGCACGACUUUAACAAGGCUGACUGUGUUCGUAUUGGCGAGGGCGCCGACCUCGACGCAAUUUUGAAUCACAAACUCUUCAAGGAUUGGAAUGAGGAUAACAAUUUUACAAACGUCAUGACGACGGAGGCAGAAGAUAUUGCCGCAAAGGCUAUUGCUGCGCUCAAGGCCACCGGCAGCCGAUGA